AGGGAGCCCAGUUUUGUCGAUACAGCCACCGAUAAGGAUUAGAUAACCCAUUCCGCUCCCGUUUCAGUUGUGCCGUUUCGCCCACAAUGACACUACGAAAGCAAAAAACUCACACUCCUCUUAGUGCUAGACUCUUAGUGCCAAAAAAUAUCUUAGUGAUGUGGUGAUAAAAGGCAAACAGUGCAGCCAAGAUGCACUAUUAUCCUGGAACUGCUUAUUCCCAUUGCCGUUCGGGAUCCGAUUCGGGACUCCAUCACAGGAGCUAUCGAAGGGACCCCGAACCCUUCGACAGCGGCGAGUCCACCCUAUCAGAGCUCGAUGAGUCGGAGUCAGGGUCAGGAUCGGGGAUAGAAGUCGACCCGAACCUUCCUUAUCCAGGGAUCGCUCCCAUAGCUUUACGAUAUCUGUCUCAAACCACCAGACCUCGGAGCUGGUGCUUGGCGCUCAUCUCUAAUCCAUAUCCUUUGCAUAUGCAUACGUUUUUUACUUGUUUACAAGGGAAAGUGGGAAUUGUGGAAGCACCCUCGACCCUCGAGCUCGCCGCCGCCGCCGUCGGUUAA